AUGGCCAAUACAGAGAUCACCGACUUGUCUGACAGCUCUACGAAGGUGGUCGGAGCGAGUAGUGCGCAAGUAGGGGCCGGCAUUGACGAGCUUUCUAGCGACUCCGGCCAGGAGAUUGUUGUUGCGGAGAGGCCCGACGGACAUAAUGCAGAGGCAAGCCCUCUGUCUCUCUCACCAGGCUCGGCGUCGACCCCUCUGGGAGGGAGCUCUGCAAAUGGGCUUCAUCCUGGAGCUAACAAUCCACCAACAUUGACAGUACCGCAUCCAAAGAGGUUCAGCCAUGUCAAUAUCAACAAGAAGUUUCUUGAGAAAGCUUCUUCUACCUCCCCUUCAGGCCAGACUUUAUCUGCGUCUGCGACGAUGAAAACCGGAAGUUCAAGUCAAAAGCCUGUUCUUCAGAUGCCUCCUUCCCAUUCUCGGCUAGUGACGACCAAGCUGACGGCCACACCACAACCGUCCACUACGACUGGUCCUGGAUGGUCACGACCGUCAUCCACGGUCUCUUCAGUAGCUCCCACUCCGAUAUCUGCCACCAAUCCGAAGACCCCUGCUGUCCCCACCCCUGCCCCUAGCCAUCCCGCCCCACAGCCUACGACCGUUGGCAAAGUCAUCCAGCCACAGCCACGCUCAGUCUCUGAUAUCUCUGGUGGUAUCAACAAGAAGCCUUCUUCCAGCAGAUCUGCAUGGGGAAAUGCGAAAGUUGUGCCUGCGGUCGUGCAGCUGGACGCUGUGGCGGCUGAUUUCCCAACCGCAGCGGAGGUUGCGCAAGGUCGGACAACGAAGUUGAUGGAGAAGAAGCAAGCAGCUGAAUUGGCUGAAGUACAGAAGCAAGCUAUCACAGCAGAGGAAGACACCUUCCGCGGCGUACACCUGGAUCCAAAUGCCCACCAUUGGGAUGAGAUGGAAGAAGACGACGAUAAUUUCUUGGGUGGUGUCAUCGAGUUUGACGAUGGACGGCAAUAUAAGAUCCAGCCGGCUGAUGUGCAUCAGCAGUCAACCCCCGAGUUGGCAACAGCCAGUGCAGCAGAUUCUACCAAGCAAGCGGGGACGCUGUCAAUCGAUCAGCCAGUGAGCAAGGAAGACCGGUUUGCAGAUGAUUUUGACCGGAGUUGGCCUCGGUCGCGAAUCACUACAACCUUUCCUCAGCAGCAGCGAGACCCUUUUCCAAACGGUCCUGCUUCUGCUACAUCCUCACAGUCGCACCAUUCCCCACAAGAGUCAUCUCGAGUCCUCUUUAAUGAGCGGUCAAACAAACUCGAGCCCUACUCACAUGCACCUCUCCGACAGGGUGUACCUGGAGCAACUUCGUAUUUGAUGAGAAGAGGUAGUCGUUCUGAUCAAACUGCUUCACCGACAGACACGAGAUUCGCUCGUGACCUACCUCCUCAUACUCAAGGUGUUCAACUGUUGCAGAAGGCGCCCGAUGGACGUGCAUUCGGAGAUCAUUUUGGGCAUCCUCCAUUCGAGCAGUCACGUUUCCGUGACAGAGAUGCUUCGCGGCGAGAUGCUACCUUCCCACCUCUUCACAGCAUGACGCGGACACCGUCGCAAGGUCAUUCAAGGGAUCAUUAUGGACCUUUUGCCCAUGCAAGUUCAUCACCUCGUGGUAUUUCGGGAGAGCUCCCAAGCGAAAGUUGGGCGCGACGGUCGACGGCAAUGGGCCCUCCGUCUCCUUCCACAGAACCGUUGAGGGACGGAGUUCGACAGUUACCCCCGCACCUUUCGGAGAUGCCGCAUCCAACUCCGCCUGCACCAACGGUUUCUGGGUCAGAAAGUAGGGUCUCUGCCACUUUGAUUUCAGAAGCACCUCACGAUGUCUCUCCUGUGACUACGGAAAGAAGCCUGCAGUCCUCGGCGAUGCCUAUCGUAGACAUUGAAGAAGUACGCAAAGCUGCGAUGCACAGUGCAGCUGAGCGUGCUAAGCUUCGGCGUCAGCACGAAGAGGAAGAGCGAGAGAAGGAGAAGGAACGAGCGCGUCAGAAGGCCGCAGAACUGGAAGAGAAGAUGAAAACUAUGGAACAGGCAAAAACACGAUCUCACCCUGAUGCGGAUGCUACGGACGGUCAGGUAGACAAGCUUAUCCAGGACGCUGUGCGGAGUGCGCAGUCUGUUGUCGCUUUAGCUGAACCAGUGCAUCCUCCCGUAGCCUCCCAAGGGACGUCUCCAGUAUCCGCGAAGCCGUUGUUCUCCAAGGGGGCGUCCACAAGCCGCCGGAGCUCUUUCCAUGUGGAGACUUACUUGCCAGGACGGGAAGGCGAGUCGUGGCGAAGCAAGGCAACUUCUGCUCGAUCACCAUCUUCGCAUCCGGAUAUAUCGCCGAUGCAUCCGCCUCCCCCUUUACUGGCUGAAGUGGAAUCUUUGACGCUCAGCGCGGAUGAGAAUUUAGAAGUCUUCGAUUUCUCAGAAUUGGACAAGCUCGUUGGUGCCGAAAAGUCUCCACAGCGACCCGACAUGCAGAUUUCACAGGGUGCAGGCUUACCUCUUCGUCCUACUAGGGCUGUUGCUAGUGACUUCUUCGACAAUCAUGCACCUACCGUGCAUGGUUCCGCCGAUUCUGGUCGCAGCGAUUCAGCAUCGUGGAGACGCAAGCCAUCUCACUACCGUGAUUACUCGAUGGAGAAUACGGAUUCCACCACCGCAAUCCCCUUGGAACAUCCCAGGAUACAAGUUGUGACUCAGGAUUCGUCCGUAUCUGGCGAGGAUUCUUCUGCUGGCUCGCAAGAGGCGGUUGCUUCUCAUCAGCGAUUCAACGAGGAAAGUGCUCGGUUUUCUGGUCCUAAUCACUCCGCACUACCGAACCAUGCCUCCCAGCGGUCUCCGCUAACACCGAGCUAUCGUGAGGCGCCCAUGUCUGCGUUGAAUGAUGCGAUAUUGCGCAUCAAGGGAGCAUUGGACGGUAUGCAUCACCGGACAGAUCUUCCUGAGCAGCAGAAGUGGCUUCCUCCAGCUCUCAGGCCGAAGACUGGUGUUCUCGAACCCAGCGUCAAUGACCCUAACGAAGUUUUUGAUAGGACUGGGUACGAGCCACCCAGGUCUCCGAGACCCGCAUGGAAUAAUUUUGUGGUCAAUCUUCCUCACGUCUCCACGCCCUUAGAACCAGUUAGUGCUAGGCAACCGAGACUUUCCAGGUCUCAGUUCCUCGCUCAGCGCAAUAUUUUCUCAUGGGAUAUAUCCUCUGAUGGAACCGCUCAACGCAAUCUUACCGAAGCUCUCUUUGGUCGUCUACAGUUCUAUAGGGGUCAUGCGAGGUACAAUAUUUCGCUACCACGAGGACAUAUUGGUCUGAAGCCAAUCAUGGAAGAGACAUUCGGGCCCGUGGUAAACCUGCCCUCGAAACUCGCCAGAUCGACCUUACAGGUGGUGCCCCUCACGGGUUUACAGGAGUUGGGUAACACUCCGGAAAGCCACACGAAAUUAAUAUCCUCGAAAAUCCGGCACACUGACGCCACUAAGCUUGACACCAUCAGCCGCUCACCUCCACCAGAGGCUGCUUUUUCCACAACGGCGUCGCUUCCAAAAGGUGAUGGCGAUCCCUCACAAGCCAUCAAUGGCGUCUCGGGCAAAUCAAGAAUACAGCCCAAGAUGCCUAUUGGCUCGGAUGUUGCUUUCUAUCGCGAUGCACGUUCAGACGCUGUUUCACAGCCGGCGGCAAUAGUCAACUUUAUUGUCACUAGUGAGCUGGAGGGUGAGAAGACUUCUGAGCUCAGUGCAAUGCAUAGCAAACAGACUGUUCCUUCUCCUUCUCAUUCUUCCGCACCUGCUCAAUCGACUAAGUUGUUGCCAAUGGAUAAGGGUGACUCAUCGAUUGCUGUCGAACGUUUCACGGCGCCAGAGAGCGAGUAUGACUUGAAGAAGGCACGAUCCCUUGAACGUGCAUUGGCUACACCGCCUCCACAACCUAGUUCCUCCUGGAUGAAGUCUCCGAGGACGUAUCCCACUAAAGAUUCACCAGCACGAGCUCCAGAUCCCGAGCAUCUGAAAGCAGUAUGGUCGCAAGCAUCCGACAAGGCGGCGCUACCGUCUGUGAACUCGUUGGAGGGGAUUGCGGAUGAUCUGACCGCCGUACCGUUCACUUUACAAGAUGUGAAAUCUGAAGACGGCGAAACCCCACCACCUUCUGGAUCUGGGCCACCUUCUAGGAUGUCUCUGCAUGAUGUGACACGUGCUUUCCAACAAGUUCCUGCAACAUCAGUGAAUUCUGCAAAUCGAGGUGCCACUCUGCCUGCGCUGAACUCGCCGCCGUCCGGUUCGAUAUCACGCCAACCGACCUUUGCAUUUUCGCCUCCCGGUCCCGGCAGCAAUAUGCGGUCCGCGUAUUCACCGUAUCCCUCCCCUAUGAUGAGCCAUUCGCCCACUCCUGCCGUCUUUUAUCCCCCGCAGAUGGCACCAAGUCCUGCACCUAGGCCAAUGGUACUCAGUGGCACCCCUCCUGCGUACGUCCAGCCAAUGUGGAUGUCUGUAGCCUCACCAAAUGGUCAAGCCCCCAGCGGAGUAAUGCGACCAUUAACCUCACCCUAUCCGGCGCAAUUACUACCAUAUCCUUCGCCAGGCGGUGCGCUACCAGUAUAUGCUCCUCCACCCCAAAACAUGCAGAACGGGUUGCCUCAACAGGUUAACGGGAUGCAGAAUCGGACUAAUGGUCUAACCAUGAUGAGUCCCGUGAUGCAAGCACAACCCAUGUAUGCAGGGAGCCCUGUUCUUAUGCCCGCAUUGCCACCGGGCGCGUAUCCUGGUGUUCCCGCGAAUCGACCACAGCUUCGGGGCGGAUUUGAUCAUGCUCCGGGAGUGCCAGUCUUGUCGUCUUCUGUUGCCCAUCCACCACCUUCUUACGCUCCUUACCCUCGGCCGACCUGGUAA